GUGCCAACAUACAGCGGAUACGGGGAUUUGCUCAGCGCCCGAGACUACCUUGACUCUCUGUCACGUUAUCAGAGAGCAAUGGGCUUGGACGAUCAGGAGGUGCUCGGGCGCGUUGUCCCGGCUGCACUGACUGAUACGGCGGCGAGGUGGUAUCGGCUUGCCGGCUACCGAGCAGCAACCCUCGAGGAGUUCCGCGCGGCCUUUCUGCGCGAAUUCCUACCCGCUGACUACGAGAGUAGGAUGCGGCGAGAGCUCGAGCUCCGUACACAAGCUCCUGAUGAGUCGCUUCAGGAAUACGUACGCGCGAUGGAUGACCUUUUCUCUAUCGCUGAGCCCCGAGCCUCGAACGAGGAACGCGUCGAACGGGUGAUUCGGCAGGCACAUCCGACCUUUUCGGCGUACCUGCGCGGCGGUCGCUUCCGCGAUUUGGAGGAGCUGGCCGCCGAGGCAAAGCGCAUUCAAGGCGACCUUCUCGCCGCGCGCGCCUAUCGCCCGCCGCCGCCAGCCAGCGAUGCCCUUGAGCCGCGCUGCGCCUGGCGAGGGGCUGUGCCCCAACAAAAGUCACAUGGCGCUGCCUUUGCGGCUGCCAGUGGCUGCGCCCUUGACCAAGCUCUUGGACGGCCGGGUGCACUGCUGAAGCCUCGCAGCAUGCUCAUCCUGGACUCCUUCCGCGGCCACAUCACAGAUCGAGUGAAGGAAGCAGUAGUGGACUCUGGAUGUGAGCUGGUCAUCAUUCCGGGCGGACUGACACUUAUUCUCCAGCCACUAGACGUGGCGCUCAAUAAGCAAUUCAAAGACCGCAUGUGCGCGUUCUGCAACGAAUAG